CCCACUCGUCCGUUCCCGCUCCCCUGGUACUGCUCGCGCUCUUCCCGCCUCCCUCACUCUUCCGCUCCUCCUUCAGCCAUCUUCCUGCCUGCAUCUCAUCUCAUCCUCUUCCUCUGUUUCUCUCAUCCAUUCUUGGCUCUUCCUGGUGAUCUCAUCCCCUGAUCCUGUUUGCGCCCGUCACUGCGCCCUUCCUCCCGAGGCCCUUCGUCGCCAGCGUCUCGGUUCCUAAUUCUCAUCCAUCCUUCUUCCGUUCUCUUCCGGUCCGCUGGGAUUUCGUGCUACACUACUUCUAAGAGAUGCUGAGCAUCCGCUACUUGUUCUUCUUUGCCCUUGUGGCAGGUUCCGCCGACGCUUUCCGUGGAAUCAGUGGCCAAUCGCUGCAGCCUUUUCCUCACAACUGCGCGGAGAUUUCUCGUUUCGAUGCGGCGAGAAGAGACCGUGAUCAGAGAUCAGAAAGCCUGUCUCCUCCUCUGAGAAGUAGCGCGCUAAGAGCUAGCAUGGAGUGUGACGUGUCGUCGAGCAACGCAGUGGGCGCUGCGAAGCAAGCAGUCGUGCUGGAGGAGGGGAUCAAGAGCAGCUCCGCUGUCAUCACGAAUGAGGCCACGGGGUUCUCUUGGAUUCCAGUAGGGGGAACAUCGAAGGGCAGAAGUGUGGAGCAGUGUAGAUCUUUCUCUUCGAGGAGCAAGGAGGAGGUGCCGUACCAUGCCAACUCCAUGGGUUUCGCCUGGAUCCCUGUGAGCAGCCAGGCGGCGGCAGAGUGAAGAAACCAUGUACUAUCUUGUUGAAGUUGUUAACGCAGUCGAUUUGUCGAUGUGUAUUUAUUUUGAACUGAAAGAUG